CCAAGCAUGUCGGAUAUUUUAUCAUGCACAAUAGACACUACGUCUGAUCCUUGGUCGACGAACAGAACAACCACAACACGAUGGUGGCAGAAUACUGAUGAACCUACCGCUGAUCCUUGGACGGACCGACCAACUCCUACUAGAUGGCGGUGGAAUACUAAUGAACCUACUGCUGAUCCUUGGACGGACCGACCAACUCCGACAAGAUGGCGGUGGAAUACUGAUGAACCAAGAACGGCAGAACCAGCAGAAACGACACCUGGGUGGUGGAAUCAUCAUACAACUUCAAGUCCAAACUAUCCUCCAGUGGAUGUAAAUGUCACUCUUUCUAUCGAUGACACCAGGAUUAUCUCAUCUCCAAAUUAUCCUUCAAGUUACCAUAACAACGCCAGAUACACUUGGUACAUCCGCGCACGGCCGAGGGGUUAUGAUGUGGUUGUAAAGUUUUUGGAUUUUGAAACUGAAAGGAAUUUUGACUAUCUCACCAUUGGUACUGGAGAUUCACCAGAUUCCCCCAACAAUUCUAGUCAGAUUGAGCGACUCUCGGGUUCUUCAUACUACCCUUCAUAUAACCUACCGCUGAUCCCUGGACGGACCGACCUACUCCGACAAGAUGGUGGUGGAAUACUGAUGAACCUACUGCUGAUCCUUGGACGGACCGACAAACUCCUACAAGAUGGCGGUGGAAUACUGAUGAACCUACUGCUGACCCUUGGACGGACCGACCAACUCCGACAAGAUGGCGGUGGAAUACUGAUGAACCAAGAACGGCAGAACCAGCAGAAACGACACCGUGGUGGUGGAAUCAUCAUACAACUUCAAGUCCAAACUAUCCUCCAGUGGAACCUACCGCUGAUCCCUGGACAAACCGACCUACUCCGACAAGAUGGUGGUGGAAUACUGAUGAACCUACUGCUGAUCCUUGGACAGACCGACCAACUCCGACAAGAUGGCGGUGGAAUACUGAUGAUGUAA